AUGGAACUUGGCACGCCAUCAUCGGCCAGCGCUUCAGCGUUCUCGGAUCCCGUUGAUGAGACUUCGAUCCGCCUCCUCCGCUUCUCUCAGACUGAAGAUGGCAUCUUCAUUGGCAAGCUGCGGAAGUUCCCAAUCGCCGGUGCACCUCACUAUUACACAGCCAGUUAUGUGUGGGGUAAGCGUAAGUACGCGGGAGUGACAGUCAAUGUGAAGACUGGAAGGCUCCCUAUACUCGACAGUCUCGUACCCUUCCUACAGAUGGUCACUCACCAUGGCGACUUUAAAGGCACAGAUUGGUGGUGGAUCGACUCUCUUUGCAUCAACCUGGGUGACAGUCGUGAACGUGAGAAGCAAGUGCGCAUCAUGGCGGAAAUCUACAAAAAAGCGAGAAGAGCGAUCGUGUGGUUAGGCGAAGAGAAAGACGAUACCAGCGACUGCACCGAUGCGAUCGACUUCAUGCAUUAUCUUUCCACUUUACAGAUCGCGUUUAAUGGGGACGAUAUUGCGAUGCGCAAGAAGCUUGAGAACCCUGAAUUCACCAAUAAGUGCGCUGCUGUCAGCAACUUGCUAGCCAGGCCUUGGUGGACGAGAGUGUGGACUCUGCAAGAAUUUGUACUCCCGAAAGAGGUGAAGCUCUACUGUGGUAUGGCGAGCAUCAGCCGCGGCAGGUUCAAGAGUGCGAUCUACAGUAUUUUCCUUUGCAGCACCAUCAGCCAAGAAUUCGAACAUGAGCUUGUACCGCGAAAGCUAUUCGACGGCGCAUUCAACCGACGUCGCAUCCAUCAAUGGCAUACCAAGCCAGCUUCAAUCGGCAUCAACCUGAUCGCCAUCAUGGCAUACUUGGGCAACCACUCCGCAACCGACAGUAGAGAUCGCAUAUACUCUGUUCUUGGUCUCAUCACUGAACAAGAUCGAGACCUCAUAGGACCCGCGGAAUACACUACCGAUAUUGCGCAUCAGUUCGCGAGGCUUGUUCGAUCCUUUUGGAACGUUCACAAAUCGCUUGACAUCAUUUGCUUUACACACUUGUUCAGUCGCAACGCAGCGGUCAGCGAUCUGGAUGCCAAAAACGCAGCACCUACCUGGGCUCCGGAUUGGAGGACAACUACCGACUUUGCUUCUCCUGUUCCGCUCAUGGCAAGCCAAAGUGCCUGUGAACACAUUGGGAACUUCAGACCGCUACGAUCGACGCGUUGGAAAGCGAUAUAUGACGCUCCUGGAACGCGACUCGGGAAACAAGCAGCAGUUUCCUUCUCCAACGACCUGAAAGACCUGUACUGCAAUGGCGCCGUGUUAGAUACAGUUCACGGGCUUGGUGGACUUGACGGACGGGAAUUACGAUGCCAAAGCUUCGUCUGUAGCGAGGCUGGGCACGAGUUGAUGCAGCCCCGACAAGAGCAACGCACCGCACCGAGAACCACCAUGUCACCCAUGGAUUGGCUCGAAGCCAUAGCACGCUCUCUGGUCAUUGACCGCCAGGACAAGUACCUGUGCUUCCAAGCGCCUGUAAACUAUAUCACCGACUUUCUCUACCUUUGCCAUGCAUGUAUCGAUGGCGAUCCAGUCGACUGGAGCUUCGCGACAUGGUUCGAGCACAACAGGCAACUGAUCUUUGGCAGCACAUCUCUGGAGGAUCAUGUGAGACAGGUACCUAUUGGAUUUAUAUCGCCACCACCGACACUGCAUCGGCCACCAUCACAUCCUAUGCACCAAAUGAACGACAAGCUGGACACCUUUCUCUCGCGCUUCCACGAUACUGUACGGAAGAAAGCACGCCGACUGAUGGUCACCGAGCAAGGCUAUGUUGGUGUGGCACCGUGUCGCGCAAGGCCUGGCGACGUUGUCGGUGUUCUAUUCGGGUGCAGCAUCCCACUCGUUUUGAGGAGGGAGGCGUCGCAAGACGCAUGGCAGGUCGUGGGUGAAGGUUUUGUGUAUGGGCACAUGAAUGGUGAGAUCGCAGACCAAGUGAAGAGUAGAAGGGUUGGUGUACGUCGGUUGAAGCUCAUAUGA